AUGAGUCCCUACGACAGUCCUUUUAGUCGGUACAGUCCUUUAUUUGCCGGUAAAGUCCCUGUUAAUAGAGAGAAUAGUGAUAUCAUAAUACACAGUGCAGAAAAUGGUGAUAUAAUAAUACACAGUGGAGAUUAUGGUGAUACAAUGAUACACACUGGAGAAAAUGGUGAUAUGAUAAUGCACACUGGUGCAAAUGUAUAUGAAUGUAGAUGGCUUAAUAUUUUAACAGCUACUGAAGGGUUUAUCUCGUACGCUGUGUUUGCACGUAUAGGUAUGAAAAUAAGUCACAUAUCAACAACGACUGCAAUACAACAAACUGAUUUUACAGCUUGGUGGAAUGAGAUUGAACUGAUACUUGUUCGUCGAAGUUCUCCAGCUUUGAAUAUUCAGCAAACAAUCGACAAAUUCAAAACCUGCCGUUUUGAUCUAGAAGAAGAGAGAAGGAUACAGAAAGAAAUAGAAAAGUGGAAGGACUAUAAAGACGAUGUUGACCGACUAAAACAGGGAAUGACAGACGUGAAGAAAGACCUUGAUAGCAUAAAGGCAAAUGUAACUGACGUGAAUAAAGACCUAGAAGACGUAAAAAAAAAUGAUACUGCAGUGAAAAGAGACCUUGAAGGCAUAAAGGAAAAUGUAACUGAUGUGAAGAAAGACCUUAAAGACGUACAAGAAAGUGGUAUUGCAGUAAAGAGCGACCUUGAAGGCAUUAAGGAAAAUGUAACUGAUGUGAACAAAGACCUUGAAGACGUAAAAGAAAGUGGUACUGCAGUGAAGAGAGACCUUGAAUGCAUAAAGGAAAAUGUAACUGAUGUGACGAAACACCUUGAAGACGUAAAAGAAAGUAGUAUUGCAGUGAAGAGAGACCUUGAAGGCAUAAAGGAAAAUGUAACUGAUGUGAAGAAAGACCUUGAAGACGUAAAAGAAAGUGGUACUGCAGUGAAGAGAGACCUCGAAGGCAUAAAGGAAAAUGUAACUGAUGUGAAGAAAGACCUUGAAGACGUAAAAGAAAAUGAUACUGCAGUGAAGAGAGACGUCGAAGGCAUAAAGGAAAAUGUAACUGAUGUGAAAAGAGACGUUGAUGAAAUCAAAAGAUGGCAAGGGGCAGAAAUCCGUAACUUGUCAAUGAAGAGGAAAGAAACACCGAUCAAGUCUUUGAAAGACCUGUUUUCAACCGGAAAUGGAGAUCAACAACAGAUAUUUUAUCUAUCAGCUGAUGCAGGUUUUGGAAAAACUGCUUUCUCAAAAUACCUUGCAAUCACAUGGUGUUCAAGCUCAUUGCCACGAUGA